AUGAAUAUUUCCACAUUUUCAACACCUUUGCCACCGGCUUACAAUCAUUGUUUAAGCGAAAAAUCAUUUCAUUAUACGAACAAUGAUUUGGAGUGGUUUAUCAUGAAAUUUUUGCUGCCAUUGCUCAUUUUAUUCGGGAUUUCGGGGAAUAUUUUGAAUUUGACCGUUUUGACGACACCCAAUAUGAGAACGAGGUAAAUAUUAUUCAUAUUUGAAUUUUUGUUUUCAUUUGCCACGUGGCAUUUUUGUGAACAUAUCAUAAUAUUGAAUUUCAAAAUUUCACAAAAAAAUGUUAACACUUUUUUGAAACAGUGAUUUUUUUUUUGAAAAAAAUCCAACUUUCCAAAUUUUUGGUGCAAAACUUCAUUUUCACGUAGCAUUUGUGUACGUCAAAUAUAAAAAUUAAAUACAAAAUUUUCGCGCAAAAAAUAAAAUUUCAAAUAUUUUUGUUUCCAGAUCCAACAAAUUAUUAUGUUGUCUCGCUCUGGCUGAUAUAAUUUGUCUUCUUGCAAUGAUGCCACAUUGCUUGGCACAUUAUGAAUUUUUUUGGAGAUCUUGGUGGUUUCAUCGAACUUAUGGACAUCACAAAAUAUCGAUUAUGUGGAUCAAUAAUUGGACAAUGGCUGCUGCUUCUUGGUGAGUUGGAAUUUUCUUGUGGAAACAUUUUUGGGGCUAAUUUUACUACAAAAUCUGAUAUUCGUUUCUGGACAAGUUUUUCGAUGUUUCAAUUUUUCAGCAAGAUAUUCAUAUGUUUUGAAUAUCCAACAAAGUUUCCAAAUAUUAUCCCAUCCAAAAUUUAAUUUCAGGCUAGUCUUUGUAAUUUGUCUCGAGCGUCUAAUUGGUAUAAAAUAUCCGCUGUCAGUUCGAAAACAAGUCAAAAUAAUGCAACCUCGUUGUGUUAUCCCAAUUAUUAUCACAAUAACUGGUCUCGUAACCUCUUAUAAUUUAUUCACUCAUGAAUGUCGUGGCAGUUUUUUCUGUCAAAAUACUCAAUAUCAUGCAAGAUGUUUACCAAUUGAUGGAAUAAGUUGGUUUGGAAAAGGAAAAAAUGAAUAUUCGGAAAUUUAUAAGGAUUUUGUGAGAAUUUCGCCGAAAAUUAGUGCGGUUUUUAUGGUUAUGUUACCAUGUUGUUUGGUUAUUUUGUCCAAUGUUAUGCUGAUUUUAACACUCAGAGAUAGGUUCGUUUUAUCGAAAAGUUUUUUUCAGGGUGAAUUAUGUUAUUUAAGAUUGUCUUGAAUUCGAAAAAUCGCUUCGAGACCCAAAAAAAACCAGAAAAUACACUAGCAGCCUCUAAAAAUUUAGAGCUCUCAAUUUUCACUACAAUAUUCCAAAAAUACAGUAAUCUCCCGAAAUCGCUGCGAGAUCCUCAGAAUUCGGUUAUUUUGAAACCAAUAAUUUUCAUGAAAUUUUAUAUUCCUUGAAAUUAUUUACAAACUCUGAAACUACAGUACUUCUCAAAUAAUGCAUUGGGAUUCUUAAAGUUUGGCGGAAAAAUUGAAAACAAGUUUUUGCUCGUUUUUUUGAGCUCUGAUUCCAAUUAUGAACAAACGUCAGAAAUUCUGCAUCACUGAUUUUUCUUGAAAAUACUUUAUUUAUAAAUAUGAUGACAAUUCAAAUUGAACUUCUUGAUUUUUAAAGAAGCGGGGAUUUUUCGAAUUAAUUUUUUUUGUUUUUUUUUUAAAUUUUUGAAACAACACUAAUCUUCCAAAUGUUAAAAUGAGCAAUUCUUGUUGAAGUUUUAAAUGAACAAAACUUUUUAAAUUAACAUUAGGAUGUUCUUUCUAAAAUGAGCAAUCUAAUUAUUCCGAAAAUUAACAUGAACAAUGCUAAAAACUCAUAAAAUUUCGAAUUACUUUUUUUUCAGAAAAAAAUUGUUCACACCAAAUGCCGUGGGUUCGACUGAUUCACAAUACGCUGGAAUGCAAUCAAAAACCGAGCAUAAGGUAACUUAUCCAAAUAGAAAAAAAAACGUUAAAUUUUAAAUACAUUAAGGUCACAAUUACUGUAACAGCAAUUGUCACCUGUUUUACAAUAACUCAAUCACCAUCAGCAUUGGUCAACUAUUUCAGUCAUUACUCCAUUAUUCAACAAUCAUUUUUGUAUAUUGUAGGUCAAAAUUUGGGCGCCACAAAAAACAUUCUCGAAAAUUCCAGAGUCCAAUUUGUACAGUUCUCGUUAUCCUGGGCAAAUCGCUCAAUUUCGUGCUUUUCUGUCUUUCAUCCGCAAAUUUCCGUCAACGUCUCAUUCAUCAAACAAAACAAGGAAUUUUGCGAAAAAAGACGACGAGGUACACUACAGUACCUACAGUACACUUGUGACAAAAUACGCAUGUUCUGUUCCUUUAAUUUGUUUCUUUACGGGCUGGCUGAUUAUACGUGUAUUGUAUUGAUUUUUUGAGUUUCUUUGUGAAAAAAUCUUGCCACUAUGCGGCAUUGAACUUUUGUCCAUUUCUUCAUGAACAAAGCGGUUAUCCACUUUGCCAUAUGCUUUUGUAUUUCGUUUUAUAAACGCUUUUGUAUCCCUAUAUAAGCACGGCUUUUGAUCUAUUUACAUGUAAUUGCGGAGCAUCGUUGAACACGAUUCGAAAAAUUCCAGCCGCUCUGUAUCAAUGGUCACCGCGUCUACCGUAGUUAUGGAACAGAUCCAGACGAGACCCAACACAAAUCGUCGAACCAAUUCGAGUUCGCAACUUUUGACGCGAAUUCCGGCCACGUCACAACAACAUCGCACAAAUUCGUCGCAAUCAAUGAUGACGUCAGAGAAUGUGCCUUUAAAGGAACUGACACGACGUGGCACAAGUUUUGUGUAG